AGGGGAAGGGACAAGAAUGAACUGGGAUGUGAAGUUGUCUAGAGCCCCUGAAACUGCCCCAAUCACCCUUCUUACCCUGCCAGACUUCAGAAUAAUGCCUAUGUUUCACUCCAGAUCAUCCCAUCCCCCUGAGAGACGGGGAAGGGAAAUGGCUGCAGCGGAGCUGGUGACCUUCAAGGAGGUGGCUGUGUAUUUCACUGAGGAGGAAUGGGCUCUGCUGGACCCAGGUCAGAGAGCCCUCUACAGGGACGUCAUGUGGGAGAAUUAUGAGACUGUGACCUCACUGGGAUUUCCAAUUUCCAAACCUGAUGUGAUCUCCUGGCUGGAACGAGGAGGGGAGCUGUGGGUCCCUGAUAUCAAAGGGUACAAAGAAAGGGAGAGCCCAAGAGAUGCCCACAUAGGUACAAGGAGUGACUCCUGUCUGGAUUCUCUCUCUAUCCCAGCAGCUGAUGGGACGGUGAGUGAGAACGAGGAGAAGAAUCCUCAGCCAGUGGAACUGCAUGGAGCGCUGUUGGGAAGAGCCGAAGAGGACAUUUCCCAGAGUCCUGAGCAGGGAGAAGCCCAUGAGAGCCAGAACAGGCCAGAGACACAGCAGGGAAUCCAGCCAGGAGAGAGAUGGGAUAAAUUGAUUCAUCGGAGCAGAAGGGCGAAGAAAAUGAAAGAAACUGUUCCGCAGAGAAUCCCUGCUGGAGAGAGAACCAACAUAUGUGGUGACUGUGGGAAAAGCUUCUGUUGGAGAUUAGACUUGAUUAGACACCAAAGAACCCACACAGGAGAAAAACCCUAUAACUGCCCUGACUGCAAGAAAAGCUUCAGACGGAGCUCGACCCUUAUUGAACAUCAGAGAAUCCACAGCGGAGAGAAGCCUUAUAAGUGUCCUGACUGUGAGAAAAGCUUUCGUUGGAGCUCAAACCUCACUACACAUCAGAGAUUCCAUACAGGAGAGAGACCCUAUAAGUGUCCUGAGUGCGAGAAAAGCUUCUUUUGCAGCUCAGACCUCGCAAAACACCAGAGAACCCACAGUGGAGAGAAGCCCCAUAAGUGCCCCGACUGUGAGAAAUGCUUCAGAAGCAGGUCAGAACUCACUCAGCACCAGAGAACCCAUACGGGAGAGAGACCCUACAGAUGCACUGUAUGUGGGAAAAGCUUCCCUCAAAGCUCACAGCUUCUGCUACACCACAGAAUCCACACGGGAGAGAGACCCUAUAACUGCCCCAACUGCGGGAAAAGCUUCAGUUGGAAAUCAAACCUUAUUAAUCAUCAGAGAAUCCACACGGGGGAGAGACCCUAUAAUUGCCACGACUGUGGGAAAUGCUUUAAUCAGAGCUCAAACCUUAACAAACACCAGAGAAUGCACAGAGGACAAAAGCACUAGUAAUGUCAUACUAGCGAUGAGCCAAGUGAAUAACACCUUUGUGAGUCCCAUCCUCUGUUCGGCUCUUACAGUUUAGUUUGGUGCUAGUAAUUUUAUAAGCUCUAAAUUAUUGUUUAUUCUUGAUUGUGGAUAUGGGCCUAAAACACUAAGGGACUUAGGCGUUUUGACACCGAGUGUUGCAACACAUAACUGAGGUGCCUAGAAAAUCACAGGAACAACAAUGGGAUCCACAAAGUCUGAUUUAGGUGCUCACGCUUUUUAUAC